AUGUACGAGUUUGGUCGAGGCACUGCAGCUGACUGCAGACGUCAUGUUCAGAAGCUGAAUACUCUGCGUGGACAGAUGCUGGAGAUGAACAGCUGUUGUCACAGUGGGAACCGGAUGAAAACUAUGAGAACGAAGAUGUUCUUGAAAGUCUGGUCCAAAACCAUGAAUCAGCAGGAAGCGGCUCGUGUCAGUCGCUGGAGUAAAUACACCGAUCAAACAGCUGAGGGUCCAAAUGGACAUGAAGAUGAUGAAGACGAGAACGUUUAUACAGAAAGACACCGAUUCAGACGCCAAGGAACCAGGAAAAGGAAGAAAAUCUCUACUUCAAAGUCUUUUGGUGGCCCUUAUGAUAACUGUGAGGAUGAGGAGUCGUGGACUGGUUGUUCUGGGCUUAAGAGACAGCCGUAUCUGCAUGACAGGAGGUUCAAUUCAUCGUGGAAUAAAGGAUUUGCUUCCAAAUAUUCCUCCUGUGGCAGGUCAGGUGCCGUGGAGCCGUGCACUAGCACUAAUCUCCCAUCAUCCCGUCAGGCUGAUUGUUACCCUACAGCCAGCUCCAGUUCCACACGUAGUGGAAAACUCUGGUGAAAAUAAACAGCAGUGUAACUCUUCACAUAAGCCGCCAGCAGUUAUGGUAACCAAAGGUCUUCUCCUGCACAGCAAAUGUCCUUCUGUUUCUUCUCAUCAGGAUUGAGAAUAAAUCAAAAUGGAAUAAAUUCCUCACCGUUGUCCCUAAUCAGCAGGAUGAGGAAGAGUACAACUUUGAAGCUCAUAGGUCACCUCAUUGCGAUGGUAACACAGCAGUGCCUUAUUUCACAAAAGCACUUACAGACAUGGGUCUGGAUUCUGAAGAGCGCAGAUAUCCACCGGAUGAAGAGACAAAUGGUGGUGUUCUAGAGGCGGAGGUCUGUUGGUGAUAUUUGUGUGGAUGGAAACUUUUUCAGUCCAAUCAACAGUCACAGCCCAGAGCCAGCUGGUUUUGGAGACGCGGUCUGUAAACCACCUUCACUGACCAAGACGCCAUGUUCAAGCCUUUCUUUAAACUCCCUGUUCUUUACCGAGGAAGACUUUGAUGACACAUUUUAAGAAUAAGAUGCAUUCAAUUGAAAGGUUUUUCUUUCAAGGAUGUUUAACAAAGUUGUAGGAU